AAUGAAAAAUAAAAAGAGGCACAAAGUUUCACUCAUUAAAGACGGUUUAAGGAAAGGUUUGGAUCGUCAAGGAAAGGUUUGGAUCGUCAAGGAAAGGUUUGGAUCAUCAAGGAAAGGUUUGGAUCGUCAAGGAAAGGUUUGGAUUGUCAAGGAAAGGUUUGGAUCAAGGAAAGGUUUGGAUCAAGGAAAGGUUUGGAUCGUCAAGGAAAGGUUUGGAUUGUCAAGGAAAGGUUUGGAUCGUCAAGGAAAGGUUUGGAUCGUCAAGGAAAGGUUUGGAUCGUCAAGGAAAGGUUUGGAUCAAGGAAAGGUUUGGAUCAAGGAAAGGUUUGGAUUGUCAAGGAAAGGUUUGGAUUGUCAAGGAAAGGUUUGGAUCGUCAAGGAAAGGUUUGGAUCGUCAAGGAAAGGUUUGGAUCGUCAAGGAAAGGUUUGGAUCGUCAAGGAAAGGUUUGGAUCAAGGAAAGGUUUGGAUCAAGGAAAGGUUUGGAUCAAGAAAAGGUUUGGAUCGUCAAGAAAAGGUUUGGAUCGUCAAGGAAAGGUUUGGAUCGUCAAGGAAAGGUUUGGAUCAAGGAAAGGUUUGGAUCAAGGAAAGGUUUGGAUCAUCAAGGAAAGGUUUGGAUCAAGGAAAGGUUUGGAUCGUCAAGGAAAGGUUUGGAUCAUCAAGGAAAGGUUUGGAUCAAGGAAAGGUUUGGAUCAAGGAAAGGUUUGGAUCGUCAAGGAAAGGUUUGGAUCGUCAAGGAAAGGUUUGGAUCGUCAAGGAAAGGUUUGGAUCGUCAAGGAAAGGUUUGGAUCAAGGAAAGGUUUGGAUCAAGGAAAGGUUUGGAUCAUCAAGGAAAGGUUUGGAUCAUCAAGGAAAGGUUUGGAUCAUCAAGGAAAGGUUUGGAUCAUCAAGGAAAGGUUUUUGUCCCUCUGGUCACAUUUGGAGUAAUUUAGGGAAAGUUUUGAUGAAUUUCAAUUAGUUUUUAUAGUUUUCUGG